AUGGCGGACCUCUACACCUUCUCCGCGUCGGAUCUCGCAUCGUCGCCUUCUCGGCAAGAGCUAUUCCCAGCAAUACAGACCAAAACUGCAAGCCGCGCCCACUUGCUCGAGCUUCCAGUGGAGAUAAUUCUUCAUGUCGUCGACUUUAUAUUUUACAGCGAUCUGGAGUCACUGCAGAAAGGCUACAACGCACCCGAAAAGUGUUAUAAUGGUUGGUACCCGAAUUUCGGUCGCUUCUCAUUCUGGAGAAGGGCCAUCCGACUCGCCGAAACUUGCAGGGCCCUCAACACUAUCGUGACGCCUGCCAUCUACCUAGCCGACAUCAAAUGGAACCGUGGCUCGAGUCUUCUUUUGGGCGCCAAGACUGGCUGCGCUUCGACCAUUCAAAAGGCUCUUGAAGCCGGCGCUGAGAUAGAGAUGUGGGACUUCACGGAGCUUUACGACGACUUUUAG